AUGGUGGAAGAGGUGAGCGAUGGUUCCGGCUCGUCGAAAAGUUGGGAUGCGGUGGAACCCUGGGAACCCGAGGAAGAAGGACCUGCAGCACGCUUGGGGCAGCGCUUAAAGGCACAAGUCCAGGUGGGCUGCCUCGAAGCCCAAGAAGAAGGCUGUCAAUUGCGCUUCUUGAAGGAGGGCUGUAAGACAUUGAGCCGUGCCAGGAAGCGACGUAGCUUGAUAGUCUUGGAGUUGUGGAAGCAGACCACCAGCGUUUCGAAGUUUCGAUUGAAGCGCCUUGGGCGAGCCAUGGGAUACUGGAAGUUUGUGGUGGACAACGAUGAGGAAAAGCAGAGGUUAAUCAUGGAAGAGCGACUGGAGAAACACGAGCGUCAGCUGCAACGCUCCCAAGUGCUGGGUGCCAUUGCAAUGACCGCCACAGUUUCUUCGCUCUGCCUGGCGUUACUGUGCUUCUUGAAGGAUAGAGCAUGGAAAAAGAGUUUUCGAGAGAGACAACUCCAGAUCGAAGAUGAACUUCAGAACAAGGAGAGAGAGUACAAGAUUGAUUUGGACAAGGUUGAACAGCGAGUAAAGAAAAGCCUCAACCUUGAACACCGCCAAAGUUCAGCGGCCGUCCAGCGCCUGGCAAAGCAGAUGGCAGAGCAAUUGAAAGAAUUGGAACAGAGGCAGCAAGAAGCUUCUGACGAGAGCAAUAGGCGCAUCGACUUGCUUCGCGAUUUUUUCAGUUUGCUGAGGUUUGGAAAGCUUGGCCAACGCAGAAGCAGACUUUGA